AAGCCACCACCUCCCAAAUGUGAUGGGAACUCCUCGGUAUGCAGCACAGCAGACUACAAGCCACCUGAGGAAGAAGAACAGCCCGAGGAAGAGGAGAACCCUGAUGGAGAGCAACCUGAGGAGUGUUUCACUGAGGCCUGCGUAAAGAGAUUCCCUUUCCUCUAUGUUGACAUUACCUCAGAGCGGGGGAAAAUAUGGUGGAACCUUCGAAGGGCCUGCUUCACAAUGGUGGAGCACAACUGGUUCGAGACAUUCAUCGUAUUCAUGAUUCUGUUGAGUAGUGGGGCCUUGGCAUUUGAAGACAUCUACAUUGAGCAAAGGAAGGUGAUCCGGACAAUCCUGGAGUAUGCGGACAAAGUCUUCUCCUAUGUAUUCGUCUUGGAGAUGCUGCUCAAGUGGGUGGCUUAUGGCUUUAAGGUGUAUUUCACCAACGCCUGGUGCUGGCUCGACUUCCUCAUUGUAGAUGUCUCCAUCAUCAGCCUGGUGGCCAACUGGUUGGGUUACUCUGAACUUGGGGCCAUCAAGUCACUCCGAACACUACGGGCACUAAGGCCACUCCGGGCCCUGUCCAGAUUUGAAGGAAUGAGGGUAGGUGUUCCAGGGACCUGGGACUGGGGGAGAAUGAGAGAGGGGACUUGAAGAAGGGAGAAGAGAAGCAGCCAAGAAAUAGUGAGUAAACUUGUUUUCAGUGUCACUAAUCCUUAUUUGCUCUUCUUUUGCCCAAGGGACCUUCUAACUCAGCAAGAGAAAGACAGGGAGAAGAUAGGGAACCAUAUAUCCAUAGCCUAUGUGGCUGGUGACCCAGCUUCACUCAAAGCUAAACACUCACCUACCUAGAAGCUUUUCACACCAAAGGCUUCCUCAGGGUAGAAUUUGUUGAGUAAUCCAGAUUAAGUUAUAGCAAGGGGAAAGGGGGGUAAAGAAAGAGGGAAAGUUCAGUCAUGUCUGACUCUUCGUGAU